CGGAGUCUACAUUUAUUUAGUGCUUCUUGGACACCGGGUUAAGUUAAUGUGUCGACCGAGUGGAAACAGCAGACUUUAAUCGCGUCAAUCGUUGAUGGUUAUGGGAUUGCUUCACCGUAACUUCCAAUUCACAAGAGACCUGUCUACCUGGAGAGAGAAGAGUGAAGACAGAGCGACCACUUCUCCUCGCUAUAGUUUUUCUUCACCCGGAUUAUACGGCACAAGACGUUGGAAAUAUAAUCGAUAGCGGAAACAGAGAGUGGGAUGCUUGGUUUCCAGGGCUCUUCUCGCUUCGCGAUGAUGUUUAAAACAAGUUGAACUGAGCCAAAUUUUCAAAGGUCACCCUCAACAAUCUCCCUAUGCUUUGCCUUUACAAUCAUUUGCUUUUAACUGUAGAACUGUAGAGGUUGUUGACUUCAGUGGUUGAAACAUCGGACACCUGGAGAAGGCGAGGAAAGUUUGGAGAGAAUGUCGAGUCGCAGGGUGAAGCAUGAGCUGCCAGUGUACUGAUUUUAGACUGGCGUAUCUGAUGAGUCUAUGGGUGUGUGUUGUACUAAGCCUUCACUGCUGGGUUCUAGCCCCUGUGGUAGCCUCCCAUGAUGCCGCUGGUCCUUUUGGGUGGCUCCUUUCAGAUAAAGGGCCUUUUCAUCACUCACAAGAAUUUGCAGAAUUUGUGGAGCGUUAUCAGCAGGGCUUCACAACCAAAUAUAAGAUUUACAGAGAGUUUGGGCGCUGGAAGGUGAACAGCCUGGCUCUGGAGAGAGAGGACAAUGGCGUGGCUCUACCCCUCGAUCCAGAGUUCAUGCAGACCAUCAGACAGUUGGGCCGCAGACCCACCCUCGGUGCCAUUACCGAGAACAUUAUCAGGAAAUAUGGCACACACUUUCUGCUUUCAGCUACACUCGGAGGUGAGGAGGCGUUGACUAUAUUUGUGGACAAGAGGAGGCUAAGCCGGACGGCGGACCUGACUGACUCAAAUGGCACGGCUGUGACUCUGGAGGCCCUGCACCAGCUGGCUGCCUCCUACUUCAUAGACAGAGAGAGCACUCUGCGCAAACUGCACCACCUCCAGAUUGCUUCCACUGCCAUCAAG